GACUUCGAUGAUGAAGAGUUUGACGAGCCCGAUCCCGACUUUGGUCUGGCCAAGGAUCUCGAUAAGAAGAGACAGGCCGCCCACGUCGUAUCCUACAAGGUCUACGAGCCGACCGAUAUUCAACGCCAACAAGAUGACAUGAUCAACGAGGUCAACAUGAUCCUGGACAUGCAAAAAGAAGAUGCCGCAAUCCUGCUCCGGUAUUUCCGAUGGAACAAGGAGCGCCUGCUUGAAGAUUACAUGGACCGCCCUGAAAAGGUCCUGGAGGCUGCCGGCUUGAGUAGCAGCUCAGCGGUGCAACCACAGCUGGAAGUCAUCCCUGGCUUUACCUGUGACAUCUGCUGCGAGGAUGAAGACGGCCUCGAGUCGUUUGCUAUGAAGUGUGGUCACCGGUACUGCGUAGACUGCUACCGCCACUACUUGACCCAGAAGAUCAAGGAAGAGGGUGAGGCUGCUAGGAUCCAGUGCCCCUCGGACGGCUGCGGUCGUAUCCUAGACUCGGCCUCGCUUGACGUGCUCGUGACGCAAGAGUUGUCGGGUCGCUACCAGGAGCUUCUCAACCGGACAUAUGUCGAAGACAAGGACAAUUUUAAGUGGUGUCCUGCCCCGGACUGUCCCAACGCCCUCGAGUGUGGCGUCAAGAAGAAGGAUCUCGACAAGAUUGUCCCCACGGUCGAGUGCCGCUGCGGCUACAGGUUCUGCUUUGGCUGUCCCAACCCGGAUCACCAGCCUGCUCCUUGCGAACUGGUGAAGAAAUGGCUCAAGAAAUGUGCCGACGACUCGGAAACGGCGAAUUGGAUAUCGGCAAACACAAAGGAGUGUCCCAAGUGUAAUUCGACCAUCGAGAAGAACGGAGGUUGCAACCACAUGACCUGCCGGAAGUGCAAGUACGAGUUUUGUUGGAUGUGCAUGGGGCUCUGGUCUGAGCACGGCACCAGUUGGUACAACUGCAACCGGUACGAGGAGAAGAGCGGUGCCGAGGCACGAGAUGCGCAAGCUAAGUCGCGAACGUCUCUUGAGCGCUAUCUCCACUACUACAACCGCUAUGCCAACCACGAGCAAUCGGCCAAGCUGGAUAAGGACAUUGCCCAAAAGACAGAAAAGAAGAUGGUGCAGCUUCAGACCGCCUCGGGCAUGUCCUGGAUCGAGGUUCAGUACCUCAACUCGGCGUCCCAGGCCCUCCAGACCUGCCGACAGACCCUCAAGUGGACCUACGCUUUUGCCUUUUACCUGGCCAGAAACAACCUUACUGAGAUUUUCGAGGACAACCAGAAGGACUUGGAAAUGGCCGUGGAAGAUCUAUCCGAGAUGUUUGAGAAGCCUAUUCAAGAAUUGUCCGACCCUAAGCUGAAGGUGGACAUCAUGGAUAAGACCUCGUACUGUAACAAGAGGCGUGUGAUUCUCCUCGCCGACACGGCCGAGAACUUGGCCAAAGGUGAAUGGGUUUUCAACUCGGACCUCGUGGCUCCCACGACUGCUGGGCCCGCCCCCCGUCGCUAA